AACUUCAUCUUUGUUUUUGUUUACAGGUGCUUGCACGAAAAAGGGGCUCAAUUUCGCUGAAAACACCUCUUGAAGUUAAACAACAUUGGGUUUCAUGAACUAUUUUACCACGAAAUCACAUGUAAUAUGCUCAUCAUUUUUUAUAAGGACAGAAAGUCAGUUAUCUACCGGGUACCAGAAAUGUGAGAAUUUUAUCAGCUCAGGCGGCCUCAGCCACAAUCGUGAUUCAUGUGACGGUCCCACUCGAUUAGUUUUGUGUUUUCAGCAGCGAUUGAAUCCGAGCCGAGGGCGAGGGAGAGGCCGAGCCCGACAGGAUCAGGAUCAGAGAAAGCCUGCCAGUUUCUCCUGUGCAGUCCCACUCCAACCUUACCGAAAAGGGCAUGGAUUACAAUGAACGACACACUAGCAACCAUCAACGUUGAUCAGCUUAGCAAUGCUGUCAAUUCAGUUGUCCAGUCUACCGCAUUAGGCCAAGUUCCUUUAGACCCCUCCCCACCACCUGCCGAUCAUCCUGAUGCAUCCCCUCCCUUCUGUGAGGGGGGUAAGUUACCCUCCCCUGGUGGUGGUACAACACAGGUGGUGCAGCCAUGCGCCUCUUAUUGUGGGAGAACUUUCGGAGGGAGGCUGGCUGAAGGACAUAAUAGCAUCCCAGCGACUACCAUAUCUUCUCACAAGGCAAACAUUCCAGUACCGAUCCAUCAGCAGUCUACCAAUCAACCGGUUUUUCAUACCCAGACUCCUGGACCAGUAGUUCUUGUACCUAAUCCAGGAGUUCAGGCAGGGCAGAGAGUGGUUCAACAGAAACAAAGCUCUGCCAACAAUCAACCACAAGACCAAGGGCCAAAAAAGUUCUACAUGUUAAAACAAUCAGGUUCCAACUGGGUUCUAGUUCCAACACAAGCCCAAAUACCACCUCCUAUACAGUGUAACAAUGAUGGUCUGUUGAAGGCUGUCACUGGGAAUUCAGAUUCCAUCACAUACCGACCGUCUUCUGGUUUCAAACAAGGCGCUCCCAUCUCAGUUUCUCUACCAACUACACAAAGCUUGCCAAAUGUGAUAAGACCACAGCCACCUAAUAUAAACAUGAACAUCGCCAUUCAUCUACCAAACAAUGGGACAUCCUACCCUAUACCAGGACACACAAAGUCUAAUGGACCGCAGCAAGCCCUUCAACCAAUCAGGACACAGAUGCCCCUAGACUCCACCCAUCUUUUGUCCCAACCUUGCACCCUUGCUAAAUCAACUGUAUCCCCUAAAGUCAAUACUGGUCGGUCAAUGAAGCACAACGCACCUGUCAUGAUUCUCCCAAACACCCUUAGACCAUCUCAGCUACGACCUUUGACCUCUCAGGUGGGUCCGUUUCCUUCUCAGAUCAGCGUACUGCCCACUGGUCAAACAGGACUGACCACUGGACAAAGUGGACAGUCUCAGGUGUCACCGUUUCGUCAGGUUAGUGUACUGCCCACUGGUCAAACAGGACUGACCACUGGACAAAGUGGACAGUCUCAGGUGUCACCGUUUCGUCAAGUUAGUGUACUGCCCAAUGCUCAAACAGGACUGACCGCUGGUCAAACAGGACAGUCCGAGGUAGUGCCGAUGCCAUCAAGCUCGAACAUUACGGUUCCGUCUGUUCUUAGGAACAGCACCAGUGUUUCAAACAUCAACUUGUUUUCCCCUCCCCUCAACUUCGGAUCUCAAAUCCAGAUGCUGUCACCUUUGACGUCUCAAAAGGGCUGCCAUACCAGCAACAGCCUCGGAGGUUUGACCAACUCUUUAGAUCUACAACCAGCUCUGUUGAAUCAAGGUUUGGUACCUGAACUUGUCAACUUACAACCCCAGCAGAUAUCUCCUGGUGUAGUCAAACUAACAUCUGGACCACCCUUGAUCUCACAUCGUGAGGAGAGGUCAACGGUUAUGACCUCUAGAGUAAGGGUCAAGUCAAGAAACGAGCCAGGAGAGCAGAACAGAAAACAUAAAAUUCUAGAAUCAUGGUGUAUUUCCUGUAGAGCUAUUGUUAAAUGCUGCCCUCAUCAGAAACCUGCUGUUGUAGUUGCAGACAAGGCAGUUGAAACCAGAGCAAGGCAGUCUCUACCGGAUCUUUUGAUGCUCAAACCAUCCAUUGCCAUUCCAGGCGAGACAGGAGUCUACGCCAAGCGGGAGAUUCUGCCAAACACUCGAUUUGGACCUGUGGUCGGAAAACUUGCUGACGUCAAUUCAUCGACAGACCUAGAUGCAAUUGGCCACAAAACAUGGCGGAUAUUUUCUGAUAGAAAAUUGUGUCAGCUUCUCUUCACGAACGAUGAGAGUUGUUCUAAUUGGAUGAUGUUUAUUAAGAUGUCCAAAGACCACAACCUAAUGGCAUUUCAGAGCGGAGCUCACAUCUAUUUUACAUCACUUACAAAAAUUCAACCUGGUGAAGAGCUCGUUGUGUGGUAUUCCAAGGAGUAUGCAAGACUAAGAGGCAUCAGGGACUAUAAGGGCACCAUGAAAUGUCAGAAAUGCCAUGAGAGCUUUCCAGGCAACACUCACCUCCAGUGUCACAUGGCUGAAGCCCACCCUUCCUCUCAACAAGACAAGAUGUACAAGUGUGACGUGUGCUCCUACGUGUUCUCCUCAUCAUCCAAGCUAAGAACUCACCUCUUGACGCAUCUUGGGGUGAAACCGCAUCGAUGUAAGAUCUGCCACAAGGGAUUCACAGACCGUAGUAACCUCAGGGCUCACUCACUUAUACAUGCAGGAGUGAAGAAGUUCACUUGUGAGACAUGCAACAAGAGUUUCCGCCAGAAAGCCCAUUUGGUAUCUCAUCAGGUUACUCAUACAGGAAAACGAGACCUUCAGUGUUUCGUCUGUGAGAGGAUGUUUGGUAGACAGAGUGAUCUCAGUUAUCACAUGAAACAACAUAGAGAAACUAAGAAAUUGAGUUGCCCUGUAUGUGACAGAAGAUUUUACAAAGACUGCCAGCUGAUAAGGCAUAUGAAGAUUCACAGUGGACAAAGGGAUUACCAAUGCCACAUUUGUAACAAAGGAUUCAUCACUAAAUACCAUCUCAGUAGACACCUGAAGUCCUGUGAGCGGUAUGAGCGAUUCCGACGUAAGUCAUGGCCUAAUAGCUUGGACAGCAUAGCAGGAGUGGUUGGCCAAUCAAGUGAAGAAAGACAUUUUGUAAGGCCCACUGCUCCUGGAGACAUGCAAGAAAUCAUUCCCCCAAGGAGGAGACGUCAAAUGCCAGAGGUUCAGGAAGGGACUUCCUCAAGGAUUUUGAGAAGCUCUCGUGGGCGACCUAUCAAACCGAAGCCUAUUCCUUCAUACAUGGCUCAGCUCGUAAGCCCACCUUCAAGAGGAUUGGGAAGUGCAAAGAGAAAGAAGCGGGUGCCAAGGAAGGUUAGCCGACUUCCUAAUAGGGAGCUUGACUCUGGUUCCCUAGCACACACUGUUUCUGUGACUUUGUAUGAAGUACAACCUGGUAACACCCAAGAGAUUGGGCCAGGUGUAGGUCCACCAACAGAUGGUGUGCAACAGAUGGUUCAAGGUGCCAUUUCAGAGAAAACCAAGCCGACAAUACCACCUGAUCAUUCAUCAUCAAUGUCUGUGUAUGGUGUCCAGGGGGAGACAUCAGAAGGUAGUUCCGACAUGGCUGUUGAUCAGCAACAGCAGGGCAGCACUUUGUCUCAACUAGCUAUUUCUGUCCCUCAAGAAUCAUCCAUAGUUCUUGAUUGUGACAAUUAUGUUUCAUCCUCUUCAGUCACCCAACCUCACCUGCAAUCAUCCUACGCUUACACCUCUUCUGACCCUCAAGGAGAUGAUGGAAUCCAUGAUGGAUCCCUGACAACACCUCUCUUUGAUCUAGGUGAAGGGCCAACCAUGUCCUCUGCAGUCCAGGUGAUGCCAACUUACAACUCCCAAUCCUUCUCACUGGAAGAAGAAGACAGCCAUUCAGAUGCAUUUGCUGGACCUCAAGAGCAUUGCAAUCCAUCCGGCUCAUUUUUCAUGACCGAUGCUCCCAUGUCGGACCCUGUUGCAAGCAGCUCAUCACGGAGCCUUCGCCAUCAGACCCAUGUUGAUUCACUCGCCGAAGACAACCAUGCCGGUACCUUUGCAGAAGCUCGGGAACAUUGUUCUCCUGCACCGGCAUUAUUCAUGACCGAUGCUGCUAUGCCUGACUCUGUUGCCAGUACGUCCUCUCAGAACCUUGGUCAUGGGGGUCAUAGAAGCUCCUUGACAGAGGAUUCCCUUUUCUCUAUGGAUCCCUCUCAUGAGUCAGGGACAUCACUUUCCCAACACACAGGAGACAGCAUAGAUGACAUCAGUGUAGACUUAAGAGCCAUCGAGAGGGCGCUAGACUCGGAUGAAGAGGAGCCAUGUACUGAUGAAAGAAGGGGAGAUUCCCCAUCAGAGAACAUUGAGGAAUGACUUUGAUUCUUGCUGUCUGCCACAUAGCCAGCCAGCUAGAUUACCCAGCAUUAAUCAAGGUACUUGGGCAGCAUGUCUUAUGGUUAAACUUCAAUACAAUAGCUUUUGCACAGUGAAUUACAAGUAUGAGAAUGGGGGGGGGGGGAAAUUCCAUAAAUGUAAUGUCAUAUCAGGCAUAAGCAUAUAAUAUUCUUGCGCAUUAAAUUCAAGAAUAUAUGUGAUAUUAUGUUUAAAGUAAAGAUUAUAAAAUUAUGUAUUUUAACAGACUCAAAUGUAAACUGCCGAGUUGCCUUUUAACAACUUUGGUCUAAACCUAAUGCCCCUUUAAAAUCCUGCCAGCUCUUUUUUUUUUUUUUUCGAUUUUGGCAACAAAAAAUAUGUAUUAAAAAAGUGUGUCGACCAACCCAAAUUUUCAUACAUAUUCUACAUCAAAAAAAAAAGAUGUACUAAUGUUGAUAAAAAUCAGCUAAUGGCACAGUAGAACAUCAUUCAUCACGUAAGCAGAGGACAGUUAUGCAUAAACAAACUUAAAUCUAAAUGUCAAAAUAAAUUUAAGAGUUCUUUCAUGUCAUACACCCAAGCUCCCCCCCCCCCCCGUUACAGCGAAUAAUUUGGUAAGGUGUUAUUGCCCUUUCUUGCCAUAAGUUAUUACAUCUCAAGAGCAAUGUAUUCAUUGAUAAUCUGAUCCAUGUGAGUUAUUGUUUGUUAACAAGCAGAUUUGUACUUAUAAUGUACCGUAUUCUGGUUCAGUUAACCAAGGUUGAAUUUGACCAUAUGGAUUGCUAAUUUUCAACUCAUCCACAAAAUAAAAUUAUAGUCCUGAGAAAAGUUGUUCAAAACUAAGAAAUGUAUUUGUGUUGUUAAAUGAAAAUAGGAAAAUGAGAGUAUAUAUUGAUCAAGGUCAAACAUCAUUUUAGGUUUAGAGCUAAAGAAAAAAAAAAGAUUUUCUUCUUAUACAUAUUAAUGAAUGUGUUUUGAUUUAUUAUAUUUUAUCUACAGUAGGUACAUUGGAUUAUGUAAUACAUUAUUUGAUGGAAAAUACAGUUUUAGGGAUCACAGAAGAGAAUUUAUCAUUCUGAUAGGUUGGCAGGUCUGCAGUCAAAUUACAGUUGUAUAAUGUGUAAGUCUUGUGGAAAUUUAUCUGCCUGUUUUUCUGCUGGUUCUUCUGUUUCAUGGUCCUUUAUGUCUAGAAAUGUAAUCCUUGCCAAGCAAUUGUCACUUAAACCGUUUUUAGGGAUCACAGAAGAACAGAUGAGAAUUUGUCAUUCUGAGAGGUUGGCAGGUUUCCAGUCAUAAUACAGUUGUAUAAUGUGUAACUCUUGUGGGAUUUUAUCUGCCUGUACUCCUGUCAGUUCUUCUGUUUUAUGGUCAUUCAUGUCUAGAAAUGCAAUCCUUGCCAAGCAAUUAUAACUGGACAUACACUAAACGCAAAGUUAACCUUGCACUUAGGUUUCAUGAGCUGAGAGUAUAGAUAUUAUGAACGGAUGAUUUCGUACAGAUAGGAAAAUAACCAAUAAUGUGGAAGAGGGGCUAUAAAUAUUUUGUGUUUAUUUCCAUGAUGUACAAGAAUUUUAUGCAUGUUUGUAGAAAAUUUACUGAUAUGUAUUUUGUGUAUAGUAAAAAUAUUUAUGUUGAAUAUGAAAGGCACCCAAAUGUUUAAUUAAGAAUACAUCUAAUUAUUGCAGUAAUUCUAUGGAACAUGCACAGAUGGUAUUUCCAUUUUUAUUUCAACUUUUUCUUGAGGUAGAUUAAAGGGAUACUCAAGCAGGAAAAUUAUUGAUUGGAAUAGAUUGGUGACAUCAAACAAAUUAAUUACUGAAAUUGUUAUGGCAUUAGGUUUUGUAUGAUUCUGAGAUAGUUAUAAGCCAUGCCAUGUCAUCUUUUGCCUUUUUCAUAUAUGUUGUAUGAAAUUCAAUUAUAGUUCUGCUAAAUUUUCUGCUCCAAGAAUUUUAAUUUUUAUUAUAAUGUGCACUGUUAAAAUGGAAAUAUUUUGGUACCCAUGUCUAAAAAGAAAUCAUGUACCCGUAAUGAAAUGG